AUGUUUUGGACUGUAGGAAUAGUGUUUAUUUUUCUGUUUCUACCUAAAGAGAUUAAGUCACAAUGUCCAGCGUUGGUGAAAGGCAAGGAAUGUUGUCCUACUAACACUUGUCCUACACAACCACCUUGCUCCAUAUUAAUGAAUCAACUGGGACCAUUUGGAGAAUGUAUAUACCUUGAAGCUAAGGCUAGAAACAGACAACCAGCAGAAAUAGGACAUAAAUGGAUCCUGGAUUGUAGAUACCAAGGUUUAUGUAAAUAUGAUGUGGGAGCCUGUCAGUUUAUAGAGAAGACUAUUGUCACUCAGACUUGUUACAGAACUCACAGAAUUCGUGUUUCUGAUUGGAAGAAAGAAGUUGGAUGUGAAUGA